CAGCAAAAGCUCGCGGCGGAGAAAUCGCUGCGAAGUAACGUGCGGGGGGCUGCGGCGGGGCUGGGCGAGGCCACGCGUCCCCCCCUGCAGCCCGCGUCCCAUGCCGUCUGGCGUGGGGCAGCCGGAGGGGGCUCAGGGAGGAGCCCAGGGUGGGUUUAGGCUGGCGGGGGGUGGCGUUUCUGCAGAGCUCGCCUUUCCCCCGGCGACGCUGCUGGCAGUGUUUUCCCUCGUUUUGCGCCGAUGUUUCCAGCGGAGGGUUUGGCCUUGGAGCCAAAAGCCUGACGCCGGCUUGAGCACCAGCGCGUGCAGCUGCGCCCUGCUGGGUACCAGCCCGCGUCGGGUCUGUGGCCAGGUUUGGAGGGGAAACAGUUGCUUUUUAACCCCAGCUCUCCGGAGAGAGCAGAUGCUCCGCAGGGCAACGUUCGGCUGAAAACCGAGGGGCGCCUGGGGUGGAGGAGCAGUUUCCCUAGAAAUGCUGCAGCCAACCCUUGUCCAGGGGAGCAGGGGGAGCUCUGAGCUCCCUGCCAUGCCCCAAAGUGCCACCCCCUCUCUCCACCCCUGCCUGGCACCUGGCUUCCCCCCCCUUCAGCAUCAUCACCCGGGGGGGUGCUGAGGGCACCCUGGUUGCCGUGACCCCCAGGGUGGGUGCAGCCUCCCAGCUCGCUGCGAGCGUCAUCGCUGCCGUGGCUGUUGGCUGGUCCCCCCAGCAGCAGGCCUGGCGGGAGGGACCUCUCGGGGUCUCUUUGGCAGGUGAGCAGGUGGAAGAGCUCCGGUUACAAAACGAGGAGCUCAAGGCCAAAAUCACAUCACUGGAAGAGCAACUGAAAAAGGAAGAGGAGAAGCAUGAGGGCGUAGUCAAGAGCCUGGAGCAGAAAGCAAUGCUGGACAAGGAGAGCCUGAUGAAGGAGAUGGAGCAGCGGGUGGAAGCUUUGGCAACUGAGACGCACAGGAGGAUGUCUGAGACCACCCAACAGGUCAUCCAGGAGAAUGUGGCCCUCAGGGCCCAGCUGGGCAGGUUGAACAGCUACAACAGGGACCUCCUGAAGGAUAACGAGGAGCUCCAGGCAGUCAUGCGUGACCUGAAGAUCCAAGUGGAUCUCCUGAAGGACAGGGAGAAGGAGAUGGCCAGGCGCAUGGUCUGCAACCGCAAGGUGAUCUCGAUGCUGACCACGUUAUGUGAGAUGCUGCAGGGGCUGGGGGACGAGGCGGCGUGGAAGAAGGUCCAGUGCCAGCUGGAGCAGCUGAAGGAAGCAGCAGCGGUGCUGCGCUGUGAGGAGGAGGACUCACGAGCCACGGUGAGGAAGAUCAUGUCUGAACAGCAGUGCCAGCCCGGGGCCUCAGAAGAGAUGGGGCUCAUGGGGAGCGUGGAGAAUAUUCUGAGCAAGGGAAGAGCCAACAGCAGGGACCCCAGGGAGAGGCCGUCGGAGAGGAUGGGAAAAUCCCAGCACUGGGCCAAGCUGCGGAACAGGUUGAUGAUGCAGGAGCUGUCAGAGUCCCCGGCUGCAGGGUUGCUGCUGGCUUUGAAGGAUAGCAAGACCCAUGAGCUAAACACACCCAAAAGCAGCUCCAGCCAGGUGCAUCCCGCCUUGCCCCCAGGAGCUUUCCCCGGGAUCUCCAACAAGGCGCCCUCCAAGAUGCAGCUGCUUGUGUCCCACCUCAUGCAUACGCUGAGAGGCUCCGGCCACCUUCCCGGGCUACCCAUCCCGGCACCGCCUGAGCCCCUGCCGCAGCCUGAAGGCGAGACACCAGGCAGAGCUGGGGGAACCCUCGGAGGGGCCUUCUGCCUGCCAACACUCACCCCUACCCCUCUGGAAGCUUCCCUCCAGCCUGGGCUGGAGGAACAGGGACAAGAACAUUGAUUUGAGCCCAACCAUGUCCCCUAUCUGCCACAUUUGAACUGUGCGUACCGCCAGUGAUGACUUUUAGUCCAUGAGAUGGACAGGAAGAUGCCCAGAGCUCCAGCCUGGACCAGCCCAGCAGUCAGGGACAGCCAGAGUUCGGCUGGCAGUGCAGGGGGGAGCACGACGGGAGCCUGCCCUGCAGGCAAAGGAGCAGGGCAGAGCUGGGGCUGUGGGUUUAUUUCACGUCUGUGCAAAACUGCCUUAUAAAACCACUGCAGAGAUUUGCGCGGGA